ACGUACGUGAGGACCGUCUUGUUCCGCCGCCGCCAAUCCUCCUCCUGCUCGCGCGUGAAGGGGUUCGUACUCUUCGGCCGCCGGAGCGGCUGCACUGCCAGGCUUGGACGCCUCCAUGUCCCCAACCUCCUUAGUCCCCUCUCAGCACCUCCUGUGCCGCUCCUGCCGUGCCCGAGAUACGGCUCUAUCCUCUCCGCGGCCCUGGUCGGGGCCCCAAGGUGGCUCCAGGGCCAGCCGCAGAAAGCGACGCGGCUCCAUCCUAGACGCCAGAGCCCUCCCAUAGCCCCGGAACAGAACUCCCGCCUGUCAGGGGCAAGAAGCCAGAUCUCGCGAGGCCUGCUCUAUCUCGCGAUCUCUGGGUCGAGCCUGCCGCUGCCUUGGCUACCAGGCUCCUCUGGUGGUGGCGCUUGUAGUCGGGCUACGGAGGCCGGGUUGCCGGGCGCCGGGAAUGUGUAAGAGGCUCAUGGAAUGAGUCAGAGUAAUAAAGGAUCUGCAGGAAGUCCCUCAAGAUUGUUGGGAAAGAAGAAUUUGUAGACUCUUCAUCAAGAGCUUCAUUUACACAGCUAUUAAAUCCAAGGCUACAGUAGUGGUGAAACCAUGAGUAAAAAUGUAUCUGCUGUAGUAUCAUCAGGUCUACUUGAAAAGGAUCCUGCCUUUCAGAUGAUUACAGUUACCAAGGAAACGGGCCUUGGUCUGAAGAUCCUAGGAGGAAUUAACCGGAAUGAAGGUCCUAUGGUAUAUGUUCAGGAAAUCAUUCCUGGAGGAGACUGUUAUAAGGAUGGACGUUUAAAGCCAGGAGAUCAACUUGUCUCAAUAAACAAGGAGUCUAUGAUUGGCGUGUCAUUUGAAGAAGCAAAAAGCAUAAUUACCAGAGCCAAGUUGAGGUCAGAAUCUGCUUGGGAGAUAGCAUUCAUAAGACAAAAAUCUGACAACAAUCAUUUAGAAAAUCCAUCGUGUAUAUCUGUUUUACAAGCUACAGGAGAAUAUGGACCUCAAGCCUCAACAUUUAGUCUUCUUUCUUCUCCCCCUGAAACACUAAUUCCAAAGACCUCAUCCACUCCCAAAUCUACAAAUGUGAUUUUACCUUCUUUUAAGAUGAAUCAGGUAAAAACUGGAUACAAGAAAACAGAACAAACUCCAGUUACUUCUCUGGACAACAGCCCUACAGAUAUGUCUAAUACAAUUCUGGAGGCUGGAAGUGCAGGAUCAUGGUGCCAGCAUGGUCCAGAUAUUGCCCCUGCCUGGACUGAUAAUUAUGGACCACAAGGAAAGAAGAUUUCCUUAAAUCCUUCUGUUCGCCUUAAGGUAGAAAAACUGGAAAUGGCUUUAAAUUAUCUUGGUAUUCAGCCCACAAAGGAACAACACCGGGCGCUGAGACGGCAAGUGCAAGUGGACUCAAAGGGGACAGUGUCUUUUGGAGAUUUUGUCCAGGUUGCCAGAAACUUGUUUUCCUUGCAGUUGGAUGAAGUAAAUGUUGGUGCACAUGAAAUUUCCAACAUAUUAGAUUCACAGCUUCCUCCCUGUGAUUCCUUAGAAGCAGAUGAAAUGGAAAGACUUAAACAUGAAAGAAAUGAUGCCUUGGAAGAAGUAAAUAUACUUAAGGAAAAAUUAUUUGAAUCAGAAAAGCAAAGGAAACAAUUGACAGAAGAACUCCAGAAUGUAAAGCAAGAAGCCAAAGCUAUGGUUGAAGAAACAAGAGCCCUGCGAAGUCGGAUCCACCUUGCCGAAGCCGCACAAAGACAGGCGCAUGGCAUGGAAAUGGAUUAUGAAGAAGUGAUCCGUCUGUUAGAGGCUGAGAUUACAGAGCUAAAGGCUCAGCUUGCUGAUUAUUCUGACCAAAAUAAAGAAAGCGUUCAAGAAUUAAGAAAGAGAAUCACAGUACUUGACUGCCAAUUACGAAAAUCAGAAAUGGCUCGAAAAACUUUUGAAGCAUCCACUGAAAAACUUCUUCAUUUUGUAGAGACUAUUCAAGAAGUAUUUUCUGAUAAUUCUGCUCCUUUGUCAAAUUUAAGUGAAAGAAGAGCUAUGUUAGCUUCCCAGACUUCACUCACACCUCUGGGAAGGAAUGGACGUAACAUCCCAGCAACACUGGCACUUGAAUCUAAGGAACUUGUUAAAUCUGUCCGUGCUGUGCUUGAUAUGGAUUGUCUACCUUACGGGUGGGAGGAAGCUUACACAGCAGAUGGAAUCAAGUACUUCAUCAAUCAUGUGACGCAGACUACAUCCUGGAUACAUCCCGUGAUGAGUGCGCUGAGCCUGUCCUGCUCAGAGGAGAAUGAAGAGGAUUGCUCCAGAGAACUUCCUGACCAGAAGAACUGAUGGCUUUCUGUGGCAAGCUGAGCGCCAUGGGGCUCUGGCAUUUCCAUCUACACGGAUGACCCCGAAAACGCGGCAUGCAAAAUAGGAGUAAAACACACACUACUUAAUGAAAUUGUGAAAUGGGGACUCUUGAUUUAGGCUAUUUUUGUAUAACUUUUUGAUAUAACUGUAUAUAGUCACAAAAUUGAUGGCCACUAGAGUAGUUCUUUAAGAAUAAUCUUGCCAUGUUUUUUGAAAGCAUCUAUAAUGAGAUUUUAUAAUAUGUGUAAUUUUUCAUGUGUAAUUAGAUCUUUGUAAUAUUAUAGUUCUUGAUAGAACUUCCGAUCCAGUGGUUUUUUUUAUAGUUAAGACAUACUGAAAAAUUAUGUGAACCUAGUGAAAUACUUCAUUUAUUUGAUAAUUCACUAACCUGUUAUAUGCAUAUCUUACGAAAGCGGUUUAAGCAAGCUUUUGGGAGUUCUGAAGGAUCAAUUUAGAUAACAAUCUCAUAGACCCCUGGAUACAUCUUUAUAUCCUUAUGGUAUGUUCUAAUUUACAAAAUGCUUGUCAGACCCUGUUUUGUGUAAACCAUGCUGCGUAUGAGGCAGAUCCAGUGGGUGUUUUUCAGUUAGGGAAUUAGCUCAAAGAAAUGAAGCACCUUGUCCUGGAGCUGAGGCUCACACCCACAUCUUCUGAUUCCACAUCCAGACCCCUCACCCCGCACCCUACUGCCCCUGCAGAGACAGAUUGCAGCCCAACACACAGGGCCCCAGGGCUCUGUUGAUGCAGCUGAACUCUACAGCUGUGCACCUCAGGGGCCACAGAGGCAUAAGGCACGUCGUCAUUCAAACAUGGCCCCACCUAACCCCACGGUUCUCCUCUAAACCCUCCCCCGAAACACCAAGGCAGGGCACAGCUUUGCAAUGUUGUUUCAACAGGCUUCUUUCAGCUCCCAUCAGGGAUUUGCCCUGCCAGGGUUGCCCCUGCCAGAGGGAGCAUCUGAAGGGAGCUGGUGAAUCGAGGAGCACCCAGAAUCUCUCUAUCAAAAGAGAAAUCCUUGAACUCCUGCUGUGCCUGACAAACUGACCUCAUUAUUGCUGAUAUCACCCUGCAGACUGAUCCUGCUUUUGAUCUUACUUCAUUUUAUUCUAAGGAUGCUACUAGACAGUUUCUGGAAGGAAUGAGCCGUUGACUUGGAGGGCUAAAGAUUUUCUCUCAGUUUAAUGAUUUAAACCUGGGGCUAGGAAAUGGGGUGGGGAGGGGCCUUAAGGGGGAUGUGAUACGGGGAGGAAGCCAUUUUUAAAUGCUCUCGGCAUUAAGUACCAACUGAAUAAUAAAAAGGGACUUAUCCUUACCCAGUGUUAUUAUAUUGUUAGGUAAUAUACUUUGGAAGAAAGUGAGCAGGAAUCAUUCAUUAAUCAGAAUCCUCUAUGCCCAAGCCUCUAUUCCCAUAACACAGAGGAGUCACUGUGUCUUUGGGCCUCUUCUCUUCCCUUCUCUUCUGCACUCCCCACCCCACUACCACCUCUACAACCAUCACUCCUCCUUUUUCUCUUCUUCUUCCUCUGCCUCCUUCUCUCUCUCUUCUCUCUUGCUCUCUCUCUCUUCCUCCCCUACCACCUCUGAGUAGGAAAAAGGAACUCAGAGCCUUGAGGAUCCCCUGACUUACUGAUUUUCAAACAUCUUUUGGUGAAAAAGACUCAUUUUUCAAGUGAAUUCUUAUGCAGAAUCUCAAUAUAUGUAACAGAAUUUUUUUUAAAUAUUGUUGUUUUGCUUAGAACAAGACGGAGGCCUGGAUCUCAAUUAAAACAGCCACCGGCACUGCUAUGCAGACCAAAAGCUCCUUAGACUAUAGUGUGUUAGAGUCAUCAAUUGUAACCAUUUUAUAGAUGAAUAAGCUGAGAUCCUAAGUUCAUAUGGGAAGUUAGUGGCCAGGUCAGACUUAGGCCUAGAUCCUGUCUCCUAGUCACUAAAUUUCAAAGGGUAUGUCAAAUAGAUCUAUAUUGUAAAUAUACAUGUACAUUGUGCUCACACAUACAUUUCUGAACAUAGGUAGGAUUUACGAUGUAUGUCUUGAAUAAUAACAUAAGUCAAAUCCAAGCUGAUAACUAGUCAUUAGCCCUGAGAAAAGUUUCAGAAUGGCUGGAGAAGACUUGUGUUUCGCCUGACAGCUCUGCGCAUGUUAGGAAGCUUUAGGGAGACAGGCUUAGAGGGAAGGACCUAAGGGAGAUCUUUCUUUGUGUCUGGCAGAGAUGACAGAUUCUCAGACACCCCAAGUUACUUGUGUAUGUCAGUAUCUAUAAUUCUGAAAGUACAGACUUUUUUGUUGUUGCCAAAUUAAAGUUCCCUCACCUUAUUGGGAGUGUUUUUCUAAUUUGCUUUUGGUGAGAAAAAUACAAGAAAUGCUGGAGUCACUUGGCAUCAAAGUUUUCAGGACACACGUCACUAGUGGACACCUCGUAUGUUAACUUUGUUUUUGUGCCCCUUUCCUCCCUGCUUCCUAAUGAAUACCUAAUGGAAAAGGCCUAUAAAUGUUGUAAUGAUAUUAUUAACUGGGCAUUUUGCGCCAUACAUUGUGGUGUGCAUUUUGUAUCUAUUAUUUCAUUCUUUUCUUAAAACAGUUCCAUGAAGUAGAAACUAUGAUCAUUCCCAUUUUGUAGAGAAGUUUAGGAUUAGAGAGUAUUGCUCAUCUUUUCAUCAGGGUCACACAGUACCUGUGAGUGGAAGCUGAGGCUCAAGUCUUGAAGGGCCCUUCUCUUAAACCACUGUGCAGAGCCACUUAGAGCCAUUGUGUAUGACACCAGCAGCAGAGCUGGAGUCUAUGGGUGAGUUUUACAAAGAGGCAAAUUCCAGUUCAGUGUGAUAAGGAGCUUUGUGGUAGCUAGGAUGCAUCAGGAAAGAAUUCCCCAGGAGAAAGUGGAAGCCAUGUCCCAGGAAGUGUUCUGUCCAUCUGAACUCCUCAUUAGGGGAAUGUUGCUGAGAAGUUUCAGGAUCUGAACUGGCUGGACCAUUUGAGCACUGUCUGAGAUUUCUUCUUCAUGUGUCUGUGAGCUCCAAACCAACAGAUAAAUGCCCCAGAAGAGCUCAAAGAAACAUGUGGUGGGGAUUCUUUAAGAAUCCUUAUUCAGGGAGUCCCUGUUGUGGCUCAGUGGUAACGAACCCAACUAGUAUCCAUGAGAAUGUGGGUUCAAUCCCUGGCCUUGCUCAGCGGGUUAAGAAUCCGGCAUUGCCAUGAGCUCUGGUGUAGAUCACAGACGUAGUAGUUGGGAUCCCACAUUGCUGUGGUUGUGGUAUAGGCCGGCAGCUCAGAUUCACCUGUUAGGUUGGGAAGUUCCGUAUGCUACAGGUGUGGCCCUAAAAAUACAAAAAAAAAAAAAAAGAAUCCUUAUCCAGGAAGUUCCCUGGUGGUCUAGUGAUUAGGCCCAGAGCUUUUACUACUGUGGCCCAGGUUUAAUCCCUAGUCUGGAAACUGAGAUUCUACAUCAAGCUGCUGCAUGCCACAGCCGAAAAAAAACGGUUCUUAUUCAAUACAGGUAGAACACCCAAAUUAUUCUGGAUUGAGCCAACCUUUGUCUAACCCACCUUUCUUUAAUAUAAGUCAAUCUAAUUCAUUGGUCAGUGUACACUCUCCUCUACUGACACACUGAAUCAGAUUUUAGGAUUAGAAAAUCUCAGUGUUCUAAUGUGCUUGCAUCUCACUUUACUCAAGAGUGACCAGGCUUAGCCUUCCUUCCUUACUUAUUCUCAGAAUAUUGACCUACCACCAACAAUGUGCCAAGCAUGGUGAAACUGGGUAACAGCGAACCAUUUCCUGGGAUCUGCUUACUGUUGGUUAAAGAGUUAAAGGCUUCUCAGAUGGCCAGAGUUGAAUAGCUUCUCUUUAAUUCUUGAAUGUUAAAGAUAAUCUGGUUCCAUUUAAAAAAAAAAAAAAAACAAAAAAAACCCAAGUAGUAUAGAAUUGCAUAAAGCUUAAAAAAACAGCCCAUAUCACUUUCCAGAGGUAGCCAUCACUAGUAAUUUGAUGAGUAUUUUUACUCAAAGGAAACCAUACUGUUAAGCAUCUGUCUUUUGACUUAAUAUGGUCAUUUUCUUCAGGGUAAUACAUAGACUAUUAUCUUUCAAAUGUCUGAAUAAAAUAUCACUACCCAGGUAACUCAUAAUUUCCAUAGCCAGCAAUCUACUGAUGAACACCCAGGCUGUUUUGUUUUUUUUUUUUUUAAUAAUUUUUUUAUUUUCCCACUGUACAGCAAGGGGGUCAGGUUAUCCUUACAUGUAUACAUUACAAUUACAUUUUUCCCCCACCCUUUGUUCUGUUGCAACAUGAGUAUCUAGACAAAGUUCUCAAUGCUAUUCAGCAGGAUCUCCUUGUAAAUCUAUUCUAAAUUGUGUCUGAUAAGCCCAAGCUCCCGAUCCCUCCCACUCCCUCCCGAGGCUGUUUUAAAUUAUCUUUGGUUACUAACAAUGCCACAGUGACCAUUCUCACGCUCAUUAAAUCCUUUUCCUCACAUAUCUAUGCACUGAUGAUACAUUCAUUAAAAAGGUGAAUCAGUACAUUAAAAUUACGUUCAUUUUAAUUUUGGUAGAUCAUCAGAAGUUCUCCUCCAUAAAAAUAUAACCAAUUUACACUCUCGCAAGAGUGUAUGGGAGCUUUUUUUCUAUAUAUUACUGUACUAUUUUUAGUCCAAAGAUUGCCAAUAACUUUUCUGAUUGUCCCUAGGAGAGUAAUCCUCUUUCCAUCAUUGUCUUAAGAACCUGAGUUUUUUCAUCACUGAGUUUUAGUUGUCCCUUGGCAGCAGAGGCUGGACAUAGGGGAGUCCAACAGUGACCAGUUCACUCUGUGUUGAACACAUCAUUACUAUCAGCUUUUAACUUCAAAGUAUUGACCUUUGCUGCCAUAUAUAUUGGUGGUGAGAACCAACUUUUAAAUGAGCUGCUUUGGGUGAGAGGCCUUGGUAAAGCCCAGUACAGACGCACUUUGAGCCUUGGUUUCUCCACCUUUAUGAAGAGGAUAGUAAUCCCCCGACUCUUCCCAACCCUUUUCGGCCCAGCAGAGCACCUGCUCAAUGCCAGACGAAGUGCAGGGCCUCAAAGAUGCCACACUGAGUAGUUAUGAUUCCCAAAUCAGGAUCCUGUAGUCCAAAACCUUUUUUCCUUUCUUUCCUUUUUCUUCAAAAAUCUUUUAUUUUUCUUAAAGGAAUAAGAAGUUAAGGGUUUGUUUGGUAAGAACCCCUGAAGAGAAACUCUUUCUCACUCUCUUUAAUAUGAAUAAUUCCAAAAUAAUAUUAACUAGAAAUGGAAGAAAAGGAACAUACUGUAUGAAGGGCCUCUUCAAUAAUAAAUGCUAAGCAGCUGUAAAAAUACAGAGUCAAAUGAUACUUUCAUAAAGUGUUUGCAAAAUUAGAAAAUAUUAUCCUUUUUCUAGGAGGAAAUGGACAUUUUUAUUUUCUCUGCUAAGUAAUAUGUAACAAUUUCAAAAGUCAACAAACUCGAAUGUUACAGUAUACAGAACAAAGAGAACUAAGCCAAAGUUAAAACAGCUUCCAUGCUCUACUGGCUAUAAAUUUCGAGAGGAUGAGAACUUUAAAAUAGACUAUGUCUGUGAACUUAACUUUAGAAAUAAAAUCCCGAGAUGUUUUAACCACGCCUAUCCACACAUAAUAGCACUGUGCCUGCAUGAUGAUUAUGUAAAUAUUCAAUGCAAUUCUGUAUUUGCUUUCUUCAUAUGACUCUUUCCAUUUAACUAAUAUGGCUUUUGUUAUUUUUUUAAGUUCGAAUUUCACUCCCAGGGUACAGGGGUGGUCUGAAGGAACGUGGCAUCAGAUUAAUAGCUCUGACCCCUUUCCAGUCCUGUUCCCUCAUCACCAAAAUAUUCUAUAUCACUUUACCCUUUUAUUCCCCUUUACAUUGUUUCUCAAUUUGUAAUGAUCUUUUUGUUUAUUGUCUUCUUUAAUAAUGAGAGUAAGAAUGGGAGUGAGCUCCCUGAUGGUAGGGAUUUGUCUCCUUCACCACUGUAGGAAAGAUCUAGCACCAUGAGGGAGGGUCUAACAGGGCCUGUCACAGAGUAGGUGUUCAUUAUACACUUGCCAAAUAGAAUGGGUAAUGUGCUGUCCAUAACUAGGACUUAGUUCCCACUUUUAACUCUUAUGCCCUUGUAUUUAUCCACUUAAAACACUUGGUGCUACCAGAUGCCAGACACCACUACAAAGUCCUAGAGAUUCAAUGCAAAGCAGAUGGGGUCCUAGCCUUUAUGUGAUUUAUAUUUUAUGCAAAGGACGUUCAACCAAAGCUUUUUCCAUUUAUUUUCUUUAUUCCCCUUCUUUAUCCUGUAUCUGAACUUCUAGGCCCUUUAAUGUUCAUUGCCUCAAGAAAGGUGUGUGACAUCAGAAAGCAGAGGAAUGCAUGCUCUUUUGAGUUUCAAAAAUCUGGCUCCUUAGGGAACUGGAAAGGAUUCAUGAUUUAGAUCAAAGAUGUGAGAGCACAUAGGAGGAAGAGCAAAGUGUUCCUACUUCCUGUUUAGGAAAAAUUUUCCUUGCCAUGGUAAAGAAGAAAGAACAAAAAUGUUGGGAAGGCUGAGAGAAAGGGGCAGGGCCCCACCUCCUGGGCCACCUUCCUGGGAGCGGCAAAACCCAAUUAUAUGUGUUAGUUUUGAAAGCAGAGAAGGCCCAUUCCUUGCUGUACCCUAGGAUGGAAAUGACUGCAUGGUGUGUGUAGCAGAUGGAGCCUUGAACCGCUUCACUGAGCUUCCUCUGGCUUCCUCACCUGUGGCCCAGAUUGGAAGAUCAGAUUGAUUUCUAUGAACCCAAAAGGAUCCAAGAAGUAACAGGAGGACCAACUGGACCUGACUGAGGAUGUUUUCCCUAUUCAAUCCACAUAGCCUCUCAGUGGAACCCAAUUUGGACAGUGACAUCAGACCAUCCAAACCCAGAGGGCCCUGGCACUAAGUCCGCCUCUCAGAGAUUAGCAAUGACCAGAGAAUGGAGAGAACAGCAAGUUGACUGAGAUUAGUUAUGGGUCAAGAUCAUUUAUUCCCUAUCCCUGAUGGUUCCUGGAUGGUAAAUACUCCUUUAGCGUAAUACCUCUGGCCUAUCUCUGCCUCUGCACCCUCAGGUAGGAACUUACAUGCUUGGUGAGUAUGGCAUAAAGAAAAGGACAUGGACUGUUUUUAGAACAUUUCUUACUAUAGUCUCCUGUCUCUGAUCCAUGCAAACACUGCCUAUUUGUUUUUCAGGUCUUUCUCAUGUAUUACCUGGAUAAUGACAAUGGAGGCAAUAUACAUUUCUCCCUCCCUGUGACACCCGUUUCCAUUCUUGACCCCUUCCUCUUUUUCUCCAGCCUCAUUUAGCAUCCCCAGUAGUCACUCAGAUAGACCGUCCUGUGUAGGAAGUGUCUUCUGCCUCAUAUCCUUAUCAGAUUGCUUCUCAUCCUUCAAGGCAAGCUCAAUUCGCCUCCUGUGUAAGAUCCUCGCCCAAGGUGCCCUCCCCAUGCCCAGCACUGGCACUCUCCAGGUGCCCCCCUGCAUUGGUUCACCCAUGUCCGUCCAACUUCCCCACUAGGGGGUGGUGGAGUAAGGAAACCCCCCCAAGAUGAGGUGCUGACCUGUUUGUCCAAACAUCUUUACUAAUUUAUUUAUAUCUAGUGAUCUGAGUUACUGAGUCUUCAAGGCUUGAGAUCUGAUCCCACCUUCUUUUGGGGGCUUCCUCUCUCCAUAUGGUAACAAGCAUCAGAACCCUGGAUAAAACCAACUAGUCUCUCUCACUGUGGCUAUCCCAUUCAACAUCAGCAGCUAGGUGAGUAAAUCAGUCAGAGAUUGCCUUAGAUAGUCUGUUGUUUCUUACUUGUCUAUUGUAGCAGUGGGGUGUUUUUAUCUAGAACCUGGACUGUGAGAAAGUUACCUGGGAGGAGACAUGCCCUAAAACCCUUCCCCAUCCCCCAUACUGCAAACCUUUUCAUAAAGCCUCAGUCGCACUAUUUUUGCAAUGACUUUGGGUGGGAAAGGGUGGCAUCUGUCUGUCCUACUAACCUUUGAGCCCUUUAAAUCGGUGUCCAUGAAUUGUUUUUUUAUCCCUCUCACAGAGCAUGACAUGGUUCAAUAAAUGUUUAUAGAAUACAUUUUAAAAGAGAUUCAUUGCUUUCAAAAAUUUUUAUGGCUGUUUCCUGCUUCUGAUUGAGAAAAAAAAAAAAGGAAACGAAAAAGAAAAUGAGAUGAGGGUGAACUAAGCAUGUCUGUACCAACUAGUUCUACUAGAGUUGGAACAAUGUAAUGGAUUUUGCUGAGAAGAAAGUGUGUGCUGCAUAAGUCUGACCAUAAAACUCACAGUAUGAUUGCGGUGGAAACAUUGUAAAGCACAUGUGAAGACAUGGUUGAUUGCCCGAGGUUUUGAAUACAUAAUAACAAUGAUUUUUGUAGGAAAGGGUAGAUAAAGCCCAAAAGCAAAAUACAUGUGCAUUUCAAGGCAACAGCAUUAAACUUCAGUUCUGACAGGUUAAUUAAUCAUAUGGCUGAAGAAUUGAUUUGGCACAGGGAGUUAUGUAUAGCCACAGUAUUCUGAAAGUUCAGAAAUUAUACCAUUUGUAACUAAGCCCAGUGGAAUUGCUUGUGUGUGCGGUUUCGCAAUUGAGAAAUUCAUCUUUCAUCAGCAAAAUAUGGGAAAACAGGAAGACAAAACAAAUGGAGUGAAUAAUAAAGUUACUUGACAUAUAGAUAGUUCAGGUCAGGUAUUUCUCUGAAAUGGAAUUUGAAAAGACGUUUGUGGGCAGAUCCUAUUUCUGUAUACUGAGUGGUUUUAUCAUUCAGGGAAGUAAACCAUGCGUUGAAUCUAAUGCCAGGUUUUUAUUUUAGUGUGGUGAUCACAUGGCUUAUAUAUGAUUCUGUGAUCACCACAAAAAAAUAAAAUAAAAAAAUAAAAAGUGGCACCAAAUUAAAAGCAGCAGUUACUUCUCUAAGUAGUAAAAGUACGCAAUAUAAGGAAAAUCUGAAGGGAAUAAUGUACAUGAUAGACUAAAGUCUACAAAAUUUAAAGAAUAUGACACAAUGGUGGCUCCUCACUCACAAAUGGACCCUUGUUGUGACCCACACAAGGUGAAAAGUCUGUGAAGUUAUCUCUGUUGUCCCCGUGUUGCUUGGUUGUUCAUUGAUUCCGUUCUUUCUAUCUUUUUGAGUAGCAUAUUCCUGUUUAGUAUUUCACAAAAUGUAAGACACUAUUCAUUGUAAGACAUAUCAUUAUUUUAUGUAUCAAUGAAAAUGAAAAAAAAAGCAUCUAAAAUAGACAUAGUACUUUGAAUUUUUGUCUUAUGGCCUUUUAAGUGAAUCUAAGGACUACUUGAACGUAGUUUUUUUCCUCAUGUAUAUAUAAAGGAAAAUGAAAUACAAAUAAAUUGUAAUAUUCCUAUAA